CGUCUCUCCCAUCUCGCCCGCUCUCUUCUUCUUGGCUCUGUUUUGCUCUCUUGGCGAUCUCCUCGUCGUCCUGCGCAGGUCGGAGCUGCUCUCCGACGAACGGCCGCAUCUGCGAGCGUCCUCGGCGUCGGAUUUAGGGGAAGCAUUCCGAUUCUUGUUGCUGCUGAUCUUCCUUCUUCGUUUUCUUGAGGUUUCUUUUCGCUUGAUUCUUGAACUGUCGAAAUUGCAAUUAGGGUUUAACAUUUCGUUGGAUUUUGUGUUGUGAUCGUCUGCAUCUGAGGUUUUCCGUGGCUAAAGAUCUCGUUCUUGGUUUUUUCUUUGAUCGAUCGUUGGUUUUCCGUCGUCUGGGUUUCUUCCCGUUUGAGUUUCUCCCGGAUAGAUCGAUCUUUCUUGGUAUUCUUGAUCGUUUUCGGUCGCCUCUGUGGUUGUCGUUCUGGUUUCAAUUGGAAACAAUGGCUACUUCUCGUCCUAGGCGCAUAGAGUACGACCGCUUCAUCCCGUUCCGAUCGGCGAUGGACAUGGACUUCGCGCACUAUGCCCUAACGACGCCUUCGAGACCUGGUGCGAUGUCAUCGAGGUCAGCGUACCAAAAGCUUCUUGAUCAGUGCGUGUUGAAGAACAGGUCACGUAUCCUCGCUUUCAAAAGUGCACCCGCGGCGCCGGCCGACGAAGUGCCCCAAUUUUACGACGCCAAUCUGCAGCAACAGAGGAAAAUCCCCGACAAACCAGAGAAAGUUUUGGAGGUCUACGGCAUGUUAGACAAUUUUAGUUAUAAUCUCCUCGACUGGGGAAGCAAUAAUAUGUUGGCGAUUGGCCUCGACGACACAGUGUGCCUAUGGGAUGCCGCGAACGAGUCCGCCUCGGUGCUUCAACGAGCCCUAGAUGGCAACGGACCCAUCACUAGCGUCAGCUGGUGCCCAGACGGCAAAUUUCUUGCUUUCGCAUUAGGCAGUUCAGAUCUGGCCCUGGUUGACGGAUCAACAGGACGUGUCCUGGACGGGGUCUCAGGCGACAAGCAGUCCAAGGUGUUGUCACUUGCCUGGAGAAGUAAUUCGGUCCUGACAGCCGGGAAAUCCGAUGGAAGUGUUAUCGAUUACGACUUCAGGAAGCCAGACCAUGCCAUCUGUGACUAUAAAGGGCAUGAACUUGGAGUUUGUAACCUGAAAUGGUCGGGGUUGUCGGGCCGGUAUCUCGCGAGCGGAGGGCAGGAUAAACUGGUGCACAUAUGGGACGCUUGCAUGGCGGUCCCAAAUGACUGUCCACGCCGACAUCAAUGGCUUCACAGAUUGAGCGGCCAUACUUCCACUGUGAAGGCCCUUGACUGGUGCCCGACUCGGAGCAACCUGCUGGCUUCUGGUGGAGGACGUUACGACCGUCGCAUUAAGUUUUGGAACACUAUUGAUGGUGCUUGCUUGAACACGUUCAAUACCGGCUCUGAAGUUUGUUCAUUGUUAUGGGACACGAAUAAAUCUGAAUUGCUCACCUCCCAUGGGUUUCCGAAGAAUCAACUCAUCCUGUGGAAUUACCCAUCGAUGAAGAGGGCUGCUGAGCUUUCCGCUCAUUCAUCACGGGUCCUUUUCAUUGCCAGGAGCCCAGUGGGAGGUACAGUAGCUUCUGCAGCAGCAGACGAGACAGUCAAGUUCUGGAACAUCUUUGAGGCUUCCAAAUGUUCAGUGCCCUUUGCCCGUUUUAAUGUCAUAAGAUGAGAAGGCCGAUGGGUGGAUAAGAUUAUGACAGUUGACAAGAAGAUCCCUUAGUGUUGCACAGGGAAGUUUGGUGGCAUCGACAAGGCAGCAUACUUUCACACAAGCAUUACAAAUGUAACAUCCUCAGAUAUCAGUUGAGGCACCUAAGAUUAUGCCAAGUUGAGGUUUGCUAUGAUAUCCGAUAGACUUCAGAUGUAUAUGCUGUUUGGGACCAUUCUAGAAACCUUGGAGGAUCGAACUCUGUGUCACUGUACUGUGACAACAAAGUACUUUUUAUCACACAUGAAGAGAUCACAUGCACAACAACAAUUGUGUUCGACACCAGGAGAUCUAUGCAUAACUAGAUCUAAGAGAUACAAAGAGAAGCAUUUGCUCAGAGGCUUUGCAGAACUACUGUCAUGUUCGAUGAUUAGUCCAAGAGAUACAAAGACAUUAAGGAUUCUUGGGAUUUUGCUCAGACGGUAAACAUUUGGAAAAUUGUGGUGUUGCAACUGGUUGGGUUAUUUGGUGAAAAAUGCAAUCGUUAUGCUUCACUAGAGCAGACAUCGGAAGCUAGGGAUGAAAUGGUAUCAGGUUGAAAUGUUACAUAUUUAAUAAGCAUGCUAGAAAUUUACAUUCAAAUCUGAACUGCUCAGUAUAUAGUCUGGGCUGGAACAAUGACAUCAUCAUCAACAUGCUUCUGGCCUCAACUGGUUAAUGUUUAAUGGAAAUGUGACUCAUUUAUCUGAUCCAAUCUUACAUGAUAUUCAAUAAUUCAAUCAAUACAGUCUGUGUGAUUUCGUGUCAUAUGGAUAGCUCAGCUCGUAUGGAAGGGUUGAAGAUGCACUGUUGGUGAAACUGUGAAAGUGCCAUCAACUUGUAUAUACUCAGGGAAACUACAAGGUGAGAAUGAUGUCAACCAGAGCAUUCCUGAUGUGAUUGUAUUCAGUUGCUAUUGACAAUGUAUAAGGAGGCAUCAACCUGCGACUGCGGUGGGGGAAGCCGAGGAUGUUCCACGAUGUCCCAUCCUUCCACAAGGCUUUCAGAGUUCACAGACGCGGUCACCUCGGCAGAGUAGUCGAAGC